AUGUCAUCAUUGAACAAACUUGAAGAAUUAAUGAAUUUUGGUUUUUCUGAGGAAGUGUGUCGGAAAGCUCUCCAGAAUAACCCAAACGGAUCCAUUGAACAGUUAGUGGAUCAAAUUAUUACACUAUCAGAAUUAUUAGCAGGCAGUGGUGAGGAAUCAUCGAACACCACCACCACCAUCAACACAACGACCACCAAUAGCAACAACACUUGUUGUUCAUCACUCGGAAAUAGUCUUGUUGUUGACAACAACAACAUUCCUUCUGCUGUUACUACUACUACCACUACUAGUACUACUACCAUCCCUUCUUCCAAUAAUGUUUUAUUAAAUCAAAAAUUCAAUGAAUAUCUAAACAAAGUCUUUCCAAAGAUGACUCAACAACAAUACAAGAUGGUAUUUGUGGUGAGAAAUGAUUUGGAUAUGAGAAAAGGUAAAAUUGCAGCACAGUGUUGUCAUGCUGCUGUUGGUCUCUAUCGAAAUAUUUUGUAUGAAAAUGUUGAUUAUUAUCAGUACAUCUAUUCACAAUACUUACCAACAACAAGUGAACAACAACAAGAAUUGUCAUCAUCCAUCAUUACACUUGGAGAUAUUCAACAAUGGAAACAAUAUCUUCAUGAUUGGGAAACCACAGCUGAAGCUAAAAUAUGUUUGAGAGCUGACAGUGAAAAAGAAUUUGAAGGAUUAAUUCGAAAUUGUUUGAAAGAGAAAUUAAAUUGUUAUCUAGUCGUUGAUGCUGGAAGAACACAAAUAGAGGCUGGAUCCAAGACUGUGUUAGGAAUUGGUCCUGCACCUGUUGAGAUAAUUGAUAAGGUUACAAAACAUUUAAAACUAUUGUAA